UGGAGCUAUACAGGUUGUCCUGGUACGUCGUGGUUCUUGCGAGUCUGUCCCUCUGUCGGGCACAGAGGCCUGCCUUCGGGAGGUGUCCGGAGGUUCUACCCAAAGAGGACUUCGACAUAAAUGAGUUCACAGGAGAAUGGGUGGAAGUCGAAAGAUCUUUCUACAUAUUUGAGUCAUCAACAACCUGCCCGAAACUCAACUUUACUGUAUUUCCAAACGACACAAUGAAAGUAGAAGUGCAGUACAACGUGCCAUGGAGAGGGACAUUAAGUAAAUCAUCAUACGUUGUGGAUGACGUCUCAGCGACUCCUGGUGUUUUCAACAUGAUACUUCAGAGCAACUUACCAUCAGUGUUAGCGAGACUAGCUCCAGGGAGUGGUAAAUACAUUGUACUAGACACAAACUACAAGGAUUUUGCUUUGAUAUACUCCUGCACAGACUUCAGACUUCUUCAUGCAGAUUUUAUUUGGGUCCUAGGAAGGACAACAGACAUAUCGGUGGAUGCAAGAACUAUUGUCUAUUCAACACUUGACAAAUUAAAAAUAAACAGGGAUAGGCUCCUUUUAACACCAAACAAAGAGUGCAGUUAGAUUUAAACUUCCAUCCAAUCUAUUUAUUUGUUUUUCAGUUUGAUAUUUAUGUUAGAUUUAUAGUAAUUGAAUGAACAAAAGUUCCUAAUAAAAAAGCAGAAUUCUUUAAAUUAUGAAGCAACGAGUUGAAACUAAAUUAACAAGAUUAUUUUUAAACUUAAAGCAAUAAAGUUCUUUAAAAAAUGAAAUCAAAAUAAUACUUCUAAGAUCUGCUACAUUAAUUGAGACACAAUCAGUAAUGAAUAAUCAAUUGAUAAUAAGUUUUAAUAAACAAGAUCUUAUCGAUAAUAUAUGAGCCAUUGAAUGUAAAAGUGAUAAAUAUCAUUUUUAUAAUAAAUAAUUAACAAAUUACUGGGUAUAUUAACUUCAUACUUUUAAUUAGUUGGAUAUGCAUGAGACUAUUUUUAACAGAGAAAUUAUGUUAUCAUUGGUUACCAUAAAAUACCAAUUAUUAUUCUACAAUAACCAGAACAGAUCUUGCCCUAAAGUGUUAAAUAAUUCAAAGCUUAAUUUUGUAACACCCACCACUUUUGAAUUCAAUGGUUCACACGUAUUAUAAUUUAAAGUUGUUUAAAUUUAUUUUUAUGAUAAAAAGCUUUAUUUUAUGUAAGAUAAUAAAACAAUUAAUGUCCUAUGAAAUGGAAAAUAAUUAUCACACACUAUGUAAAAGUUUAUCUGUUGUUUGAUAUUUUAGCUUAGAUUUUGGUUAGAACUGUAAAUAAAUACAAGAUUUCUCACAAAGUGCAUAAUUUAUUGUUCUAUUUACAUAGAGUAUGUUUGUAUCUUAUAACAGUCUACAGUUUUAUCACGAACUUGAUGAAAAAUUGCAGACUUUAAGUUUUCUCUUCUACUCUAGACUGCUCCGACACUAUGGGUAAGGACAUUAGUAAAAUAGUUGUAGUAAAAGACAUUUUAACUUACUUGGGUAAUAAUAUAUCUAUAAAUAAAAAUUAUGAUUACCUAAUUUUCAUCUUUUAGAAUUUUUAUUUAAUAUUUCACUAGCAAGGGGAGGAAACAGUCUAAUGGGUCACCGAUUUUAAACAAACAUUUUUCUGUGCUACCCAGCGUUCCUUUCAAUGAGCCCUAGGAGCCAAGAAAAAAAAAAAUUAUAGAAUUUCAAAUAAAAUU